AUGCGUCUAAGGGCGGAAGCAGAGAUCCUGGAAAAUGAAGAGGACAACCCAGAAAGUUUGUCAAACAGACUACGUGACUUUGUAAAUGAACCAAAUGAUAAAGAACAACCUGCAACAGUAAAUCAGCAAAGUUCUCUGAGUAAUAUAACAGAAAAAUCAGCACCAGUGAAAGUUCCUGAGACCACUACUAUUAAGGGAACAUUAAACAGUCAAGUUGGUCAGAAACUUCCCAGUGGAAAUAGUGUACCAAGUAUAUAUGUUCAACCCAGCUCUAAUAAUCUGCCAAGAUUAAAAUUAACUACUUUUGAUGGGGAGUCUUUUAAGUGGCCUGAUUGGUCUUCUAUGUUUAAAUCAAUGGUUGGUGAUGCAAACAUAUCCCUAAAUGCCAAAAUGCAACAUUUACAGAAUUCAGUUAUGGGUAAAGCUAAGACUUCAAUCGAAGGGUAUGGCUAUAGUGGUGAUUCAUAUAACAAAGCACUGUCUGAGCUGGAAUCCAGAUUUGGUAAACCAUCAUUAGUCAUCAAAGCCACUCUUGGUAAGUUGAGAACUUUCAAUCGCUUACAAGAUAAUGAUCCAGAAAGUGUUCGAAGCUACUCUGAUGUUGUGUCGACUACUGUAUGGACGCUGUCAAGAUUUGGUUAUGUGAGUGAUCUUAAUGCGGAAGCGAACCUGUCAUUGGCUACAUACAAGUUAUCAAAUGAACUGCUACUAAAAUGGAAAGAGCAUGUCAAGAAUGGCAAACUAGACCGUCCAAACUUGAGCCAAUUCUCAGAUUGGCCUGAGAUGUAUGUGCAACGAUUUCUGCGUAACUGCAAAAUACCCGUGUCUGAAAGAACAUUUGGUAAUCUGUUAGUCAAAGAACUCGAAAAAGCAAAGAAAAUUAAGAUUCGCCAAGAGCAAAUAAAAGCAUUCACCUCAGAAUUUCAAGAGCUUAAACGUGGACGUCGUGUGCACAAGCAAAGUUAGUAUCUUUGACACCCUUCUUAGAUGAAGAGGACAUAAUACGCGUUGGUGGUCGCAUUGGAAAGGCUGCUAUACCUUUUGUUACUCGGCAUCCGAUCAUAUUGGAUUCUAGUGGUGAUCUAACCAAACGAAUUGUCAUGGAUACUCACAACAAGCUUGGACACACGGGAGUAGACAAUGUUCGAAACGAGCUUUGACAGCAGUUCUGGAUCCUUCGCUGUAAAGCCACGGUUAGGAAGAAUCUUCAUAGUUGUUGGUUGUGCAAACUAUGCCUUAUCGUGCCACGUCCACCGAGAAUGGCUUUACCACGUGACCGGUUGUUGGUGAGUCCUCCCUUUACGAAAGUUGGCGUUGAUUACUUUGGCCCGCUACAGGUGAAAUAUGGAAGAAAGCAUUUAAAAAGGUACAUUUGUCUCUUCACCUGUCUUGUGACAUGAGCGGUCCAUUUGGAAGUAGCACUCUCUCUCGUAAACUCUUUUGUUAUGUGUCUCCGAAGGUUCGUGGCAUGGAGAGGUAAUCCUCAAGUCAUCUAUUCGGAUAAUGGGACAAAUUUCGUGGGAGCUGAUCGGGAGCUCAAGGAGUGUAUUGAAAACUGGAAUCAAUGUCAAAUCGCUAAUGAGCUUAGUCAAAAGGGAAUAA